GAACAAGAAUAGCAAAUAAACAAAAGGCCAAUUCCAAAGGGUGGUUCACUAAAAUAAAUUGUGACCAGCUAUCAAUGCGAAAAACUUGUAAGGGAGUUGUCAAAAACAAAAUUUUAAACCAGUUAAUCUCUCUCUGCCGUAUCCUUUUUUGUUCCUUUUUAUUGCAUUGCAUUCCCUUGGAGAGUUUCUUUCAUAGUUUAUUAGAAACUUGACGGGGGGAUGUUUAUAUAAUUAGUGAAUUGUAAGUUCAGGAUGUUUGGUGGCAAAAUGAUCAGGUUUUUGGUUUUAUUUUCCCUUUUGGUCCAAGUCACUUGGGCUCAAAAGGGUGGCCAACCUGCAGUCGGAGGCGGUGGUGGUGGAGGGCAACAAAAUGCGCCUCCUCCUAGGCCUCUGGCUCUUAUGAAGAAAUGGCCAACAUUAAGCGGUUACCCGCCCCUUGUAAUUGCUCGAGGAGGAUUUACAGGGCUUUUCCCAGAAUCGUCCGUAACUGCAAUCGACAUGGCCUUGAGUUCAGCAGCUUCAGAUUUGGCUGUGCUCUGCAAUCUGCAGUUAACAAAAGACAGCGUUGGCUUAUGCGUGACGAGUCUCAACCUUGAAAACACUACAAACAUCGAAGACUCCUUUCCAAAUGCUUCCAAGACUUACAAAAUCAAUGGAGAAGAUGUUAAGGGCUAUUUUGCUAUGGAUUACUCAUUUAAAGCACUAAGGGAUAAGGUCACAAUUGUCCAAAAUAUAUUGUCUCGACCAGAUGUGUUCGACAAUACAUCUCCGCUGGGUAGUGUUGAGGAGGUUUUGCACUCUAGGCCGCCGUUGUUUUGGUUGAAUGUUCAGUACGACAGUUUCUAUAAUGAACACAAACUCAGUAUGUCGGACUAUAUUGAAAAUACUAUUGGAUUUCAGAGCAUACAAUACCUUUCAUGUACCGAGAUUGGUUUCUUGAAGAAAAUGGCAAAGAAGGUAACCAAUGACACAAGACUGAUCUUGACGUUCCUCGGUCCCGAUGCAAUCGAGCCCACGGAGAAAAAAAAAUAUAGCGACAUAUUAAAGGAUCUCAAGGCCGUCAGAGCCUUCGCAUCUGGAAUUCUUGUUCCAAAGGAAUAUAUAUGGCCCCUUAAUGAAAAUGGCUACUUGGCACAGCGCACUACCCUUGUGGCUGAUGCUCACAAGUUUGACCUAGAAGUGUUUGCUGCUGCUUUUGCAAAUGAUAUUCCAGGAAGUUACAAUUACUCUUAUGAUCCCGUAGCUGAGUACUUGCAGUUCAUUAAUGAUCCAAACAACAUGGUCGAUGGGUUCGUUACGGAUUUCAGCCAGACAGCUGCAAACGCCAUUGCAUGCCUUGCAGGUAAUGACACCGACAAGAAAGUGAAUGCUUUGAUUAUAACACACAAUGGAGCAAGUGGGACAUAUCCCGGUUGCACUGAUCUGGCUUAUGAACAAGCUGUGAAGGAUGGAGCCGACAUAAUAGACUGCUCAGUCCAGAUGUCGAAAGAUGGAGUUGCCUUCUGUUUAGAUUCGCCUGAUUUGGCAAGGGACACUACAGCAAUGUCUACCUUCCUCACUCGUGCUGUCUCCAUUCCUGAAAUUCAAAAGGAGAAGGGAAUUUUUUCGUUUGAUCUUACAUGGACCGAGAUCCAGAGCUUGAAACCUAAAAUGUAUAGCCCUUUUGAACAAAACUCUGGGUUAGAGAGAAACCCUGAGGCCAAAAACAAAGGAAAACUCAUCUCACUUGGUGACUUUUUAGGGUUUGCUAAAACAAAACCAGUUGGAGUUUUGAUCAGCAUAGAAAAUGCUCGUUACUUGGCAUCGAAGAUGCAUCUUGACGUUGUAGAUGCAGUGACCAAAACCUUGAAAAAUGCAAGCUUAGAAAAGAAGCAAGUCAUGAUUCAAUCAGACGACAGUGCGGUGCUAUCAAAGUUUAAAGGUGAGUCUGGUUACAAAAGAUUGCUCCGGUUCGAGGAGAUCAGCGGGGUAUCUAAACAGGCAGCGGAAGAGGUCAAGAAAUACGCUGAUGGAGCUGUGUUAUCCAGACGUUCCUUGAUAGACAUCGACUUUGACUGCACCACGAAACAAACCAAUGCUGUCAAGGCACUGCACGACUGCAACGUCUCGGUUUACGUCUAUGUUAUGAGGAAUGAAUUUGUUCAUAUCCCUUUAGAUUACUAUGCAGAUCCCACAAUAGAGAUUGCCACUUAUGUUAUAGACGUAGAAGUUGAUGGGAUUAUAACCGAGUUCCCUAAAACUGCUAGCAGAUAUUUGAGGAGCCCAUGUGCGAACAUUCAUGCAGUGUAUACCAUCUUAGCAUCUCCACCAGGUGAACUCCUAAAGAUACUUCCUAAGCGUGUUAUCCAGACAAAAGAUUUCCCACCUCCCCCACUUGAGAUUAAAGAUAUUGUUGACCCUCCACUACCCCCGGUAGGCGCUGUCCCGGUUCUUGAUUCCAAACCUCCGCCGCAGGGUCCCCAUGGUGCGCAAGCGCCAGCUCCUUCAAGUGGCAUGGCGGUUGCGGCCAACUUUGGUUUUAGUCUGGCUGCAUUUAUGGCACUCGGCUUGCUAUCUAUGGGGCACUGAACUUUAUAACUCUAAUUUCGUGAUCGAUUUAUAUCCCCUGGUUUGUACUAUUCUGCACCUAACAGCUGAAUUCACCUUGAAUAUAUGUACAUGUACACCAAAAUGUUGAUAAAAAUAAUUUUAAAAUAAAUAAAAUCUU